AUGAACAAGCCUGCCGAUGAUCCCCCAAAGAAUAUCGUCUCUUAUGGCGCCCUCUCGUCAGUUAGCGCUACGGACUUGCAAGCAAAGGUCUCAUCCCGCCUUUCUGAGAUGUCAGUUGAGUCGACAACAUCCGAUAUUCUUGAUAUGAAACUCGCGGCAAUGGAAAGUGAACUUGAGUACAUGCGAUGUGUCCGAGACGGCCUCAACGAAGCAAGAAGACAGAAAAGAUCUCCCAUGACACCCUUUCAGCAAGAAACAGAACCCUUCUUGAAGUCCUUCCGUUCGUCAUCAUCAACCAUUCAUGUCCUGAAGGCAUAG